CUGAAUUAAUUUGAUAUUUCCAUUUCCACAGCGAGAAAGCAUCGAGCGAGAGAGAGCUUGCAAAAUUGCAGAAGUGAAGAUGGAAACGGAGGGAGAUGCAAAGAGAAGGAGAGAAGUGGAGAGCGGGAUUCUCGAGAAAGUUGGACAAAUUAUUUCAGAAAUAAAAUCUGCCAAACACGUAGACCAACUCAUUUGCUCUCUCCACUCUCUCGCUCUCCUUCUCUUCCCUCUAGAUUCAUCCCUCAUUUUACCUACUAUUGAUGAAAGUUUCAGAGAACAGAUUCGUAGUGCUAAAAUUCCUUCUGCAAACGAGAGGAGCGAGUGGUGGCAAACAUUUUACCGAGGCAGAGGAGCUGCGUUUCCGACAUUUGCUAGGGUUUUAUUACUUGAUGUUGUGUCCGACUGGUUAGCUUGUUUUCCGGUUUCGGCGAAAAAGCAUGUUUAUGAUGUUUUCUUUGUCAAUGGAUUCGCCACGGAGGUUGUUCAGACUUUAGUUCCUUACCUACAGUACAAGGGAAAUGGAAGUGUUGUUGAUGUUAACGCUGUUCAAUCCAAUACUGAAAGGUUACUUGUAUUGUGCUUGCUUGAAAAUGAUGGCGUGCUACAAAUUGCUAGAGAGUUCGGCAGUUCUCAACUUUAUGAGGAUUUUACAAUUGUACAGCUCCAACCAUUGGCGUCUAGGGUGGCUCAAAUUGUUGCAUCUAUUCCUGACAAAGCACAACCAAGAGCCCCAACUUCGCUUUCAUCACAUUCGUUCUUCAGGCAGAUCACCUUUCAGCUUCUCCAUGGAGCAGAAGAGAGGGAUAAGAAUCUAUUUGAUGAAGAAGCUACCCCACAUAAUUUUGAACUGGAUGGUAUACUGCUAUUUAUCGGGGAAACAUUUUCUCGUAUUUGUCGACGUGGGGCUUCAGAUGUGCUACUAGGAGAAUUAGUCUCUCAUGUUCUUGGACACAUCCGGAGCUUCUUAUCAUCAAGUAUUGAUUCAGUUAUGGCAGAUCUGCUUGAGUCAGAUGCUGGAUCUCAAUUUUGGUUAAAGAUAAUGGGAGCAAUUAAAGACCCCUAUGCUGUUGAAAGAAUCUCUGAGCAGCUCCUGCGUCAACUGUCAAUUGAACAUGCAACUGAUACUGAAGCUUACUGGAUUCUUUGGAUAUUGUUUAAUCGGAUCUUUAAUAACCAGCCAGCUGUCAGGUCCCUGUUUUUGGACAAAUUUUUACUAUGGAAAAUAUUUCCCUUCUGUUGCCUACGAUGGAUCAUUCAAUUUGCUGUUUUUGAAUGUCCACCUGUCUCUAAUUCACUUACUAAAGGGUGUGAAACCCGUGGUCUCGUAGACAUGAUGCAGCAUCUGAUGGCAGUAUGGUCUCGACGGGAGUUCGUGCAAUCAACCCCAAUGGAGCAGCAAGCUUAUGUAACUGCUGCUAUAGGUCUUUGCAUGGAGAGGAUUUCUAAAGAGGAGCUAGACAAUUCCAAGGAUUUGAUGCACUCAAUUCUUCAAGGAGUUAGCUUUAGACUAGAGAGCCCUACUUAUUUGAUUCGGAAAAUGGCUAGCAAUAUUGCUUUGGUGUUCUCUCAAGUAAUCGACCCCAAAAAUCCUCUAUACCUGGAUGAUAACUGCUUUGGAGAGACUUUUGACUGGGAGUUUGGAUUUACUAAACCUGAGAAAGAUACUCCGUCUAAUCAUAAUCACACAGAGAAGCACACUGAUGAAACAAAAAGAUUAUCCACCUCACAGACAGAAAAGGACCUGGACUAUUCUACAAAUCAAGGAAGGGGCAAGAGUGAGAAAGCUGAAAGUAAGAAAUUGUCUCAAUUUAAGCUGCUUGAUCCUGAUGAGAUUAUCGAUCUAGCUACUCUGAAUUAUGGAUCAGCCUCUGAUGAAGAUGAGGAUGAAGCUGCAAGUGAGAAUUCUGAUUCCUCCAGUGAUUCAUCUUUGCAGCCAUAUGAUUUGACAGAUGAUGACACAGACUUGAAGAGAAAACUUACACAGUUGGUUGAUGUAGUUGGAGCCCUACGUAAAUCUGAUGACGCUGAUGGGGUAGAGCGGGCUCUUGAUGUUGUUGAAAAGCUUGUGCGAGCAUCACCUGAUGAACUUACACACAUAGCGGGGGAUCUUGUUAGAACUCUUGUACAGGUUCGUUGCUCUGAUUUGGCUGUAGAAGGUGAGGAAGAAACAGCUGAAGAAAAAAGGCAGAGAGCCUUGGUUGCCUUGCUUGUCUCUUGUCCUUUCCAGUCUCUCGAAAGUCUAAACAAACUUCUAUAUUCACCAAAUGUAGACACAAGCCAACGCAUAAUGAUUCUUGAUGUAAUGACUGAAGCAGCUCAGGAGCUUGCAGAUUCUAAGACUAUGAAACCAACACAUCAAUCAAGGGCCCUCAUAUCAACUAUAUCAGAGAGCCAAGCUUGGUUCUUACCUAGCAGCAUGGGGCCUCUUGGAGCUGGUUUUUGGAGAGAGGUCUCAGAAACAGGAACCCUGCUGAACUAUUCUAAUCGGUAUGAGAGAGAACUUCCACUCAAACCAGGUCAGAUCAGAAAAGGGAAGAUUCGUAGAUGGAGUGUCAGAUCAGCAAACGCACCAGAAAAUCAGUCGGGAUGGACCCAAAAUAAAUUCCCUGUUUAUUCAGCAGCGUUUAUGCUUCCAGCGAUGGAGGGUUUUGAUAAGAAAAGGCAUGGUGUGGACUUACUUGGUAGAGAUUUUAUUGUCCUGGGGAAACUCAUCUACAUGCUUGGUGUUUGUAUGAGAUGUGUUUCCAUGCAUCCUGAAGCAUCUGCAUUGGCUCCUUCUCUUCUAGAUAUGUUAAGAUCCAGAGAGAUAUGCCAUCACAAAGAAGCUUAUGUCAGAAGAGCUGUCCUUUUUGCUGCUUCAAGCGUGUUGGUGUCACUUAAUCCAUCUUUUGUUGCAUCAACCCUAACCGAAGGAAAUCUUGAAGUUUCUAAGGGGCUUGAGUGGGUUCGCACUUGGGCCCUUGAUGUAGCUGAGUCGGAUACAGACAGAGAGUGCUAUACAAUGGCCGUGUCAUGCCUCCGAAUUCAUGCUGAGAUGGCCCUGCAAGCUUCCAGGGUACUAGAGUCCGCAGAAAGUACAUUGAAGCCAAGGAGCAUCGGUGUUUCUUCCAACCUAUCCAUGACGAAAAUCAAAAUCCCCUUCUCAAAUGUAGAAUACUAGAUCUUUGAUCUUUUUUAAUUAUACACCAUUUUUGUACAGUUUCUAGGUUGAUUAUAUGUUCUUUGUAAAGUCAUCACUCGUUUUUCGGAGUAGAAUUAGGACAUAGAUCAAUAACGAACACACACACGGUGUACUUGUCUAAUUUCUCCGAGGCAUUUUGUGAAAUCCCACGCCAACCAUGCUGGUUUUUUGAAACCAGGUAGCACAGAUUAGAGUAAUACAAAAAAAAACAAUCAUGUGGAGUUUGGUGUUCAA